AUGGCGUGCGACGGAAAAGAGAGUGAUGGGGAGAGGCUGAAGAAGGAUCGAACGAAUGGCCUGAACCCGCUGCUCGUCACGGCAGCCCGCUGUUGGCGGAGAGGAAGUCGAGCGGCUGAAGAGGGUUCUUCGGGAAUAUUACUCUGCCCUGAUUUACGUGGACCGAAGGACGUGGUCUCAGAUGGUGACUUGAUUGAGGGGAAAAGAAAGAUAUGGAAAGAAAACACAAUUCCUUCCUUGGGUGGAUUAGGCCUGAAUGCAGCUGGGGCAACUCCGAAUCUCCACACUUUUAAGGUUCACCAUGUCCUGUCCGAUUUCUCCCACCACGCGAUAUCCGAUAACUUGCCCGCCAAGAAACACAUGCUCCCGAGCGCAGACCUUCUCGGGGCCCGCUUGUACUACCUGCUUCCCUUGACGGUACCUCCGCCACCAAAAAAGCCUGCAAACGAGAACCAAAGCAAGAAGAGGGUUCGUUUUUCCGAAGACGUGAAAAGUGGCUCGGAUGGGCCAGCUGAGGUGGCGGCGCCAGCUGGCACCGUGAGGAUCAAGCUCGUUAUCAGCAAGCAAGAGCUUCGGGCCAUGUUGAGUCAGGAGGAAGUUUUGGUUGACUAG